CACCGAUAGGCAAGAGCUUUAUCUGCAACGCUCCCGUCACUGUAAUGCAUCGGUGACCGCGUAUUUAUUAGACGUACUACAGCUCGCGUUAGUCCUACUACUUGUCGCGUAGGCGCGGCCGUGUGGUUUGCGGCUGCGCGCGCUGCUUGAUAGACGGAGUGGCGUGAUCGUUGUCGCAUGCGAAGGAUGUCGGCGGCAGGAUGGUCCCGAGUGGCGGCGGCUGCCGAUGCGACCGUCGAGUUUGUGAUGUCGCGGCGCGGCAAGCCCAAGGCUAAGUACGCCGGCCGCACGUUUACGCUGGACACGCGCAGUGACCAGCGCUACCGCUGGCGUUGCGACGUGCGACAGUGCAGGUCGCGGCUGACGACCGAUCUGUACGGUAAUCGCCACAUGGUGUACCGAUUUCGGGAUCACGAUGAAGACCAGCACCGGCGCGUGGCCAGCGAGAGAAAGAGGCGUGGCGCCACGUACAGGCAGCAAGGCCGGCCCGCGAGGAAGAUCGGUGACCACCGGUACGUGUUGGAGAAUCGCAUCGGAGGUUUGCUCUUCUGGCGCUGCGUGUACGUCAGCUGUCCUGGACGAUGCCGCACCCACGACGGUCACCUGGUCGUUGGGCCGUCGCAGCACACGCACCAGCCCAAUGCCGCGGUCGCAGAGUCCGACAAGUGCGUGGUGCACGAUGCCGAAGAGCCUUCUCCUCACACGGGGUUCCAUCUGGACGCCUACGAAGAAGUUACACCUGGUGCUAGUGAGACAAUCGACACAUACACGAAUUCCAAGCACCAGGAUGUGUCCGAGCAGCAGGGCGAGCAGGUGUGCUCUAGUCAGAUUCUCAGUGAAAAGGUCGACAGUCGUCACGUGGUCAUCAAAUCAGAACCGUGCUCGCCAGAGACUCCCGAAGAAGGGACCACGCCUUACGUAAGCGCCUACGCGGAAGCGACGGCACAGACACACGUACCUGACGUAAUCGCCGAUGUCCCAACUGCUGUAGACCACAGCCUGCUGCUUCGUGCUAGCAGUACUGGCAGCCACUCAGACCAGCGGAGCUCAUCUCGGGCAACGUACGACGAGACAGCUGCUACUGUUGCUGCCGCAGCCCCCGAUGAUUCCCAGUACGUCGACGACUCUUCGGACUACGACGGCAAUGACGUGGACGAAGAAGCGGGAUGGCCUCCGGCGUCGGGCUGUGCGUUGCCGAUCCCUGAGGUCGUGGAAGAGCGGUCGCGCUUGGACUCUGGGUACGGUCUCUCGGCGGGAGUUGGGGGACACCGUUCGGGUCUGGUGGAGGUGCUCAAGAUGGCCGCCGACAGUGCGGACAGUCGUGAGCGGGACCUGCGAGUGGACAUUCUGUUGCAGAUGCGUAGACUCCUCGAAGCCGAGACGGAGCUGGUGAACCAGAAGCGGCGCAACGAAGUUUUGCGCGGGAAGUUGUUGCGCCGCGAACUGUUAGGCAUCGUUUCGGAGGGCGAACCAGCACCUCCCUACAUGUGAGGUGUGCCGUGGUGUGUGUGUGUGUGUGUGUGUGUGU